UUUUCUUGACGUCACCGUGUUUUGGGCGGCAUGCUGGUUGGCACGUAAUGCGAGACGACUGAGGAAAAGCCCGAAAUGCGCGCCUUUUUCCUCAGUUCUCAGACGACCUCAGGUCAUUCCUGACCAAGCGAGAAAGCAGCAAUUGCUGUGAAAACACCAGAGCAGACAACUUGCCAAAAGGCUUCACACCCUUGGAAGAAAAGAAUUUUCCAGAAGGCGGAGGAUUUCAGAGGCUGUCACAAUGAUGCAAAAUGGAUCCCCUGAAGAGAAGGAGAAGAUGACGGGAGAUCCGGGAACCACCCAGCUGGUGUAUGAAGACCCAUCGUACUUGACCACCACGAUGGGCCAGUUAAACGCUCUGAGAAGAAACCGGCAUUUCUGUGACGUUAUUCUGCAGGUUGGUCCCAAUGACAUCCCAGCGCACCGUGCCUUACUGGCGUGUUGUAGUCCGUACCUGUUUGAACUCUUCAACUCGGAAGUGGAGGGCAGCAACCACCUGAGGUACCAGAUCGAGAAUGCCAGCCCUGCUGCAGUGGAGAAGCUAGUGGACUUCGCCUACACUUCAAAAUUGUGCGUACAGGCAGAACAAGUUUGUGACCUGUACUCAGCUGCAAAGUUGUUCCGCAUGGAGAGCGUGAGGAAAACCUGCUCCAACUACCUGGCCACUCACCUCACUCCUGCCAACAGUGUCGGUGUGAGAUCCUUCGCCUAUGCUGUGAAUGACCAUGAACUCAUCAGUGUGGUGGACAAGUACAUCAGGGACAACAUCAUGGAGGUCUCGGUCAACAAAGAAUUCCUGCUCCUGCCACGCCUGCAGGUUGAGCUGAUCAGAAAAGAAGCAGAUACACCAUCCAGCAUUGGUGACUUGACACUGUUCAACCUGGUUGUGGAGUGGGCACAGAAGCUGGUGGAGGACAGCACAGAGGAUGUCAAGGAUCUUAUGGAACAGGUGCACCUAAUGUUGUUGACCCCUGAGCUACAUUUGAUCGACUGUGAGGAGGCUGAUCAGGACAUGGCGAACGGCGACGAGGUCAUUUUGGACUACCAGCGCCGCGCCGUCCGCAAGAAGUCGACGACCACACCCCACAAGCGCCGGGACGGACAGCAGAACGGGCAGAGGAGUCCACGGAGUCCGGGCAGCUUCCGGGCCGCUCGCAAGCUCAUCAUGGACACGGAGGACAACUGUGGCUGGGGGCUGAUUGCAGCAACGCAGACAUCUGAUCACAGCUAUGUGUGCAUCGCCAUGCUGGAUGGCGGUCUGUCUGCCAUCACCCUGCACGAGAGAACACACAGCCGCUGUGUGUCCCGUCAGACCUCCAUGGUGGAGGACAUCAGUGGCAGCAUGACCCUGAUGGAGCCCAUGAGUCACCCUCGCUGCGGGGCCGGAGCUGUGGAACUCAACGGGAAGCUCAUCGCUGCAGGUGGCCAUAACCGUGAGGAGUGCCUUGACACCGUGGAAGCCUACGACCCAAGCAUGAACGUCUGGGCCCCGCUGCCCCCCAUGUCCACGUCCCGCGGGCGCUUUGAGAUGGCCGUGCUGGCAGGAAAGCUGUACGCAGUGGGAGGGUCCAACGGCUCAGAAGAGCUGACUUCCGCAGAGUGCUAUAACCCACAGACUGGAGAGUGGAGAACUGUGGCUAACAGCAAGUUCAGCAGGUGUAGCUCAGGGGUUGCAGUGCAGGAUGGGCUGCUGUACGUAGUUGGUGGACAGAGUGGCCAAUGUGGUCUGCGCAGCUGUGAGGUGUUCAACCCAGAAACGGACACCUGGAAUCCCAUCUCUCCCCUUAACACAGGCCGGUACCAGACGGGCGUGUGUGCCUUGGACGGAAGUGUGUUCGCUGUGGGUGGAACCGACUCCUGGAACUGCCUGAGUUCAGCUGAGGCCUACAGUCCAGACGAUGGCCAAUGGAAGACCAUCGCACCUCUCAAAACUGCCAGGCGUGGCGCUGGAGUCGCAGCUUACAAAGGGAAACUCUAUGCUGUUGGUGGAUUUGAUGGCGUGAGCUCGUUGGAUUCAGUCGAAUGCUACGACCCCGACACGGGCAAGUGGACGUCAGUGGCUGGCAUGAACAUGCCUCGCUCCAACGUCGGGGUGGCGGUGGUUGACGGACACUUGUUCGCUGUGGGAGGCUUCGACGGCCAGACAUUCCUCAACACGAUCGAGAGGUACAACGACGAGACAAACGAGUGGAGUUGUUUCACCACCACGCAGGACUAGCCCACAUUUACCAAAAAGUAAAGUUUAUUACUCAGACUUCCUGGGAAAUGUAUUCAGAUAUUCCGUUUCGUAUGUCCAGCACUAAGAUCAGAUUAUGAAAAAAGCAUUGAUUUACACAACUGAUGCUCAGGCAUGUAAGAUGCAUCUGGAAACAUUAGUUAAAACAUCAUUAGAGGAUUUAGACAGUAGACAAAAACAAUCACUGCAUGCUGAGAAAUUUGUAUUUUGUUAUAGCAACAGAUGCAUUUGUUUGUAGAUUAACACUGCAUCCAGGACAAACAGUCUUACUUUCUAUGCAUUUUGGAUUUCCCCAGAAGUUGAAUGCUUGCAGGAUGACUUAACCAUGGAGGCACUGUUACGGUGUUUUCCAUAUCAUACGAUUUAUCAGCAUCUGAUAUUAGCUAAGUAAAGUUAAUGGUAGAAAGAAAGGUGAAAAUACUGUGUUCUGUAGGACUUUGAAUUUCUAGAGAUUUUGUCCAGGUGAUGUUUAUGGAAGGAGCCGUGAUGUUUGUGUGAUGGUAUUUUUUGUGUUGUGAUGUGUGAUGGAGUUUGUUAUGUUUAUGUAUCUAUCAACUUAAUCCAUUCAUGCACACUACCCAGUAAUUCUAUUGUUAAAAUGUUUCCGUCCUGAAAUUAUUGAAAAAGUUUAUGAUAUUGGCAUACGAGCUAUUUGGGCUGGCUCCUGACUUCUUAAAAUGUUUCACUGUUGGGAGAAAUUUGUUCUUCUCAAUGAAAACUAAUUCUUAUGUUCAAUGAAUUAAAGUGGAGGCCACCAAAAUGUAUCAUAUAGGUUGUAAAAGUUAUGCUGCAAAAUAUGUGGACCCUAAAAGGUAAGAGUAGAUGUGAACGUGGUCCCUAUUGUGGAUUUGUGAUGGAAAAUUUAAUGUUUUAAUCGUGCAUAUGCCAACCUUCUACAAGUGCAACUAAAUGUGGCAUAUUUGUACAAAGCCGUAAACAACAUGUAGUUGUCAGUGCCUUGUGCUUUCAAUGUGGACCUUUUUGUGAUGCCAGUUUGUAGUAAAUCCAAGUAUUCUUGUGUCAUUAAGGCCAUUAUAGUGAAACUAUUUUUUUACUGGUAUUGAUAAUAAGCAGAAAGAUCAGUGUUUUAUAGAGCUGGUUUUGAUGUGACAGUUGCUGUGAAGCACAGUACAUAAUGUUUGCAUGGAUCAAGGUUCCCCUAAAUUUUUUUGAGAGCAAAAUGUGACCGUAAAGUAGUACAGUAUUCUCAUGAGGUACAAUGUGGAAAGUUCUUGCAGAAAAGCGAUAUGAAGCCAUCUACUAGUAUAUAUCACGCAUUCGCUUCGAAGCACAUGACAAAUUGUUUGAAGCAGUGAUGUUAAAGUGAUAUUGUUACUGAGGCCAAGCAAAAUAAAUUUCUUUAUGAAAUCUUGCCAAAUUGAAGGAAAUUUCCAUCUCAGUCUACAAAAAUGUUCAAUGAAAAAAAAUUGUUGAACAAUUUAAGUGAACUUCUAACUGGAAAGGUCAUGAAUGAAUUGACUAUCCAUGGAAGAGAUGAUGCAGAUUAUUCUAUAUUGAUAAGUUUGGUAUUUGUACAUACAAUAUUAAAGUGAGAGGAAAGGUGUAACAUUUUCUUGACUUGUAUACCAGACUGACAAAGCAUGGAUAGGGCUAGGGGAGCAUGUCCCUGUGUUGCAGAGAUGUUUCUUAUCGGAACUGCCUUUGCCGUGUUUUGAUGUUAAUAAAGUUGAUAAACAAA